GUGCCGCGCAUGCGCGCGAGCGCCCACACGCGCACGCUGGGUCUUUGCAGGUCCUGAACUCUAUCGGCCGACCAUGGCAGAGCUGGGUGAGGCGGACGAAGCGGAGCUGCAGCGCUUGGUGGCGGCCGAACAGCAGAAAGCACAGUUCACUGCACAGGUACACCACUUCAUGGAGCUAUGUUGGGAUAAAUGUGUGGAAAAGCCAGGGAAUCGCCUAGACUCUCGCACUGAAAACUGUCUCUCUAGCUGUGUGGACCGUUUCAUUGACACAACUCUUGCCAUCACCAAUCGGUUUGCCCAGAUUGUACAGAAAGGACAGUAGACCAUCUCCUCAGAGAAUGACGGAAGCAGCAAAAGGACUUGCUAUUAAGCAAACUGAAGGGUCAGUGGGGGAGACUGUCAACCCAUUGUCAAGUUAGCAUCAACUGAUGCUAACAGAACAAAUUCAGUCAAUAAAUGUGAAUGCUCUAGCAGGC